AUGUUCAGGGAUCCCGGCACCCAAGGUCAAAUUACUGCUGUGCAGCGCCUUAAAGCUCAUUCAAGGGCUAAAAUGGAACUUUCAGGCUUUAACAAACUCUACAACUGCCCAUCCACCUUUGGAAUACCUUUUGUUACGUUUGUCGAGGCUUGGCAAGGGAGCUAUGAGCACAUCACCUUUGAUGAGUCGGGCACAGGCUUCACCCGCCACUUCAGUCCGCGCAUCCUCAUACAGGUGAUUGCUAUUUUCUUUAACCAUUUUCUAAUAUAUAUCGACCUUAUCUCGACGCUCUCGCCUAUUGCCAGCCCAUACUUCUCACCUCUUGCUAUGCACAUUCUUCUCAGAGAUGAUUCGUUCAUUGAAAUUGACACCUUCGCGUCUGAGGAGAACUACAUCCUCGAUUUUCCAAAUACUUGGAACGACGGCUUCAAUCAUCUGAAUACUGAUAUCGGAUCUAAUCCGAAUCCCCAAUUCGAUUAUGGUACCGAAAACGCACAGAGUGGGCUCGAACAGUACAUUUGUCCUGCCGACCUAGAGUUGUUGCAGCACGCAUCUUGCAACAUUACUCCUAGUGCAGACUUCGUGAUCUCUUGCGACAACUUGCAAAGCAACCCAAGAACAACGCACUACGCAGAGUCUGGUCAGGAUGAAACAGAGUGGGUAGAUGAAAACGAAGAGCCGAUUUCUCCUAGCCGCGAACUAGUUACUGCCGCACCUCCACUCGGAAAAGCUCAGUCUCGCCAUCCAGAAUCCCGAAAAAGACGCAGUGCGCCUAUAAAGCAGUGGUUCCUACAGAAUGUCUCGUGGCCGUACCCCAGUGAAGCUCAAUAUUCGGCACUAGUUGCAGCAUCCGAACUUUCCUUGCAGCAAGUGAGGGAUUGUCUAAGUAACCUCAGAGCUCGCACAAAACAUGAGCCUAUCAAUUCUGGAAAUGAACUUACCGGCUUUUCACCGAAAUCGUCACAAAAUUUGCUACUUCCCGCAAACAAUGACCCCUUGGUAUCCGGCACUGCCCGACAAAGCACCACGCCGUACAGUAUCGACUCAAGCCCAUCACUAGUGUUCAACCCCGGCGUGUCCUUGUGCAGGCCAGACCCGCCAAAACCUGAAGUACUACAGAAUGGUCCUUCCAUGAUCUCAGACUAUUUAAUUGCGCACAGCGCUGUUAAAAAUUAUGCGAAAGAGACUUCGCCUGCAGUGGCAGUAACGCCCGCGCGCAAAGGAAAACGGCGUUAUAUGUCAAGAUAUGAUCCCAACGUCGGACGCACCACAGACUCCUUCUCGCCAGGCACUUCCAGUGACAGCGCUUACGACGUUAUCAAAGCGUACCACUGUACAGUGUGCCCUGGGACCUUCAAAGAUGCUUAUGGCUGGAAGAGACAUGAAUCUAGUGUGCAUGGUUUCAACGACACCGAGUGGACUUGCAUGCUUCACGAAACCAUUUUGAUCAACUUAAAGUGCAUCUUCUGCUCUGAACAUGUCGACGACAUCGACAUUGACCACUUUGAUCAGCAUGACAUACAACUUUGCAUGAACAAAAGCUGCAGCGACCGAACGUUCGCCCGAAAAGACCUUCUCAAGCAACAUGUCCGACAUGUCCAUCUUGCAAGCGCACCUGCAUCGAUUAUGCAGACUUUCAAAGUGCCAAAGAUAUGGUCAAAAGCUACAGAUGGGGCGCUUGCGAACCCUGACGCUUUGUGGUGUGGCUUUUGUCUGCUUAUGCACGAAUCAAUUACGACAAGGAUGGAGCAUGUUGCGCAGCAUUUCCGGGACGGCCAGGACAUGGCAACUUGGGUGCCCAGGCUGACUACCUAGUCGAUUAGUACUUCUCUGGUCGCCUCUUGUAUGCUUUUUUAGACUCGGGCUUUCCUUUUAGCACCAUCGCGACGAAAAUAUCUUUCGACACAAAAUGAUGUUCAUGUACCUUUUUUUUCAGAAUACAGGCAUGUUACAUACAUAAUGCAUUGUCAUUGGUUUGUGUUGGACGUAUCAUGUUAUUCUGUAUCGACGUUGCUACUAUAAUUACGAAGCGCUGGAGUCAAUACAGGAAUUCAUUCAUUUGUACUAAUGAUCUACACUACAUGCAUAAAAUGGAAAAGUUUUAGUACCCGAG